AUGGCCAAACAAAUCGUCAUGAAGCUGACAGUCGUCCUUUGCGCGGCAUUGGUCAGUUGCGUGAUAGGCGGCGACUGCGACUGCAUGACGGAGUGGACCUACGAUGGCGAUGUCGAUGGGGUUAUGGAGUCGUACGAGGGAUGCAGCGCCACGGCCGACUGGAACCAGACCUGGUGCUACGUGCAGGGCGGUUCCAACUGCAACCAGGCCCUGAACUCCACCGUGGCCGGCGAGACGCGCAAGUGGCGCGAGUGCGGCUCCUGCAACUGCAUGACGGAGUGGAACUACGAUGGCGAUGCCGACGGGGUUAUGGAGUCGUACGAGGGCUGCAGCGCCACGGCGGACUGGGACCAGAGCUGGUGCUACGUGCAGGGCGGUUCCAAUUGCAACCAGGCCCUGAACUCCACCGUGGCUGGCGAGACGCGCAAGUGGCGCGAGUGCGGCUCCUGCAACUGCAUGACGGAACGCGUAAGUGGCGCGAGUGCGGCUCCUGCAACUGCAUGA